UUUAGAUGAGGCAGUCACUGCCCACCAUCCAUCGAAGAUAAAGCAAUGUCAUCGUCUUUUAAUCUUUACUGGUAGCAGAGGCAGAGCAAAACAGAGGAGCAAGAAGAAGAAAACAGAGCAAAUUGAACAAGAAAACUAUGGCGCUUAGAAUGUGGGCUUCUUCUACCGCCAAUGCACUCAGACUUUCAUCUGCAUCUAAAACCCAUCUCUCUUCUCCAUUCUCCCUCUCCAGAUGCUUUUCCACCGUUUUGGAUGGACUGAAGUAUGCUUCUUCUCAUGAGUGGGUGAAGCAUGAGGGUGAGGUUGCUACCGUUGGCAUCACUGACCAUGCUCAGGACCAUCUAGGAGAAGUGGUGUUUGUGGAUCUGCCAGAAUCAGGUGGUUCAGUUUCUCAAGGUAAGAGCUUUGGAGCAGUGGAAAGUGUGAAAGCAACGAGUGAUAUCAACUCCCCAAUCUCUGGUGAAAUUGUUGAAGUUAACCCACAGCUUAAGGAUUCUCCUGGUUUGAUCAAUUCAAGUCCAUAUGAAGGGGGAUGGAUGAUAAAAGUGAAGCCAAGCAAUCCAGCUGAAUUGGAUUCCUUGUUUGGUCCAAAGGAAUAUACAAAGCAUUGUGAAGAAGAAGAUGCAGCCCACUAGAGCUGAUGAGUAACAAGAGGUUAAGUUAAUUCCUUUUCAAGCUGCUUGAAUCAUUGACAUAUCAGAAGCUAUUUCUUGUGAGUUGAAAUGUGUCCAAGCAUCUGAACUACAUUCAUGUUCUUCAAUGUUUAUCCCACUUGCAAUUACUUGUAUUUCUAUUCCAUAUUUUUAGUUAUUAGUUCUUGAAUUUGCUGAAUUUUAUUGCAUUAAUAAGCCUUCCAUCUCUAAACCCUUU